CGGGCGCUGCGGGGCCAGGGUCCCAGGACGCUCCCUCCCCCAGGCUCUGGUCCGAUUACCUCAGUGUGAACCUGCACCCCCAGAGUCUCUACGUGAUCCGGCAGUACCUGCACGAUGGGGAUUGUGGCUGUCUCGAAGGCUUUGGGCAAGGUGAAAGCCUCCUGCAGGACCCAGCCUGUGUGGAGGAGCUGGAAGAUCGGCUGCACUUCUUUGUGGAGGAGUGUGAUUACCUCCAGGGGUUUCAGGUCCUCUGUGACCUCCACAAUGGAUUCUCUGGAGUGGGUGCCCGGGUGACGGAGCUGCUCCGCGAUGAGUACGCGCGCAAGGGGAUCCUGACGUGGGGCCUGACUCCGGUCCUGGGUGCUGUGGGGGACCCUCAGAAGAGUUUCUGCAGACUGAUGAACACAGCCCUGGGCAUUGCCCACCUGUCCCGGCACAGCUCUCUCUUCUGCCCUCUGUCACUCAAUGGGAGUUUGGGACUCAGGCCAGAACCUCCUGUGACAUUUCCCUACAUAAAAUACAAUGUGAGUGCUGCCCUUGAGCUCCUGCAGCUUUACCCCUCUCUCUCUGUCUUUGAUGGUUUUUCUUGGUGCUGUUCUGCUCAGCAGAGACCUUUUCCUCCUUUUUCACUGGCACUUAACCGCCAACUUUUCAAUUUCUGUAGUUUUCUUCCUGCUUUUGAAAAUAUUAACACAUUUCCUUGGCCCUCGUGCUUUCUGGUGGGUGCUGGCACUGAAGAAAAGCCUUUACUGUAAUUAUUCCCCAUGUUUGGAGUAACUCCAGCCUCACUGGAGCUUCAAGGAGCCAAAAAAGAUAAGAAAAGUGGCAGCAAAGCGUUUGUUAACCAACAGCUGGGCUGGAGCUGCAGUUCCACCCUGGCUGCUUAUCCUAACCGUGAAAUAACUGCAAACCAAUUCUUUUAAACACA